UGUAUCUUCAAUAGAGUACUAUUACUCUUACUUGUAUCGUUGACUUGACUCUCUCUACGCUUGCUACCACUCUCUAAUUCCCUCUCACUCCCUCCCCUCCCCUCUCCUCUUUCUCUCAGCCCAGCUGCAUCGUCCAUCCACCCCUCAACCUCACAUUCAACCUCGAUCAACAACCCUCCCACCUUCAGUCGCCCCUUUUGUCUCGCCCCGCCCCGCCCCGUCAUGACCGACCAAGGCUACAUCUCAUCGGGUUCUGGCAGUGGAAGAGUUUCCGGAGGUGAAGGCGGUGAUCGCAACGCCAUCGUGCUCAAAGUAGGUAUGGUGGGCGACUCUCAGAUAGGCAAGACGUCCCUGAUGGUCAAAUACGUAGAGGGCAGCUUCGACGAGGACUACAUACAAACUCUUGGCGUCAACUUCAUGGAAAAGACGAUCAGUAUACGGAAUACAGAGAUAACAUUCUCCAUAUGGGAUCUUGGAGGUCAAAGAGAGUUUGUCUCAAUGCUGCCACUGGUCUGCAAUGAUGCCGUCGCCAUUCUUUUCAUGUUUGACCUCACACGUAAAGCUACACUGAACAGCGUGAAAGAGUGGUACAGACAGGCACGAGGCUUCAACAAGACGGCAAUACCGGUACUCAUCGGCACCAAGUACGACACUUUCGCCACAUUCUCCCGUGAUGAACAGGAAGAGAUCACUAAGCAGGCGAAGAGGUUCUCAAAAGCUAUGCACGCUCCUCUAAUUUUUUGCUCCACGUCACAUUCCAUCAAUGUACAAAAGAUAUUCAAGAUUGUUCUCGCCAAAGCUUUUGAUCUCAAGUGCGUGAUACCAGAGAUUGAUGAAGUUGGCGAACCUAUACUCCUAUACGUGGAUGUGUAAAGAAGCGAGACUCACGAAACCCGCCUCCCGACCGAUAUCCAGCAUUGCACUCAUUCUGUCUAUAAGUAGCAUCUUGCUUAUGAUUGUACGAACU